AUGCGACCAAAUGUGCAUGAAUUGCACACGAGGAGGUUCACAAUUCAUCUCACUGUAAUACUUCUUUUUCUUCCCUCCAUAUUUUGUUCGAAUCGCGAUGCGAAUCGAUUAUUUGAAGAUCUUAUAGCAGGUUUGUUAUAAAAUAACAUUUCAAAAAAAAACCCCUCCUAACUCAACAUUUUUUUUAGAUUAUAAUAAAUUAGUUCGACCGGUUCGAGAAAAUGGCGAAACAUUAGUUGUGACUUUCAAAUUGAAACUCAGCCAACUUUUAGAUGUGGUAAGUUUUUUUGUUUUUUUUAGAAAUCUGAAAAAAAAUUUUUCAGCAUGAGAAAAAUCAAAUUAUGACAACUAAUGUUUGGCUUCAACAUGUGAGUUUUUUUAUUUUUAAAUAUAGAUAUUUUCUUCAAAAUAAUUUUUUUGAAGAGCUGGACGGAUUAUAAAUUACAAUGGGAUCCGAAAGAAUAUGGUGGUGUAGAAGUAUUAUAUGUUCCAUCAGAUACAAUUUGGUUACCUGAUGUAGUUUUAUAUAAUAAUGCUGAUGGAAAUUAUCAAGUAACAAUAAUGACAAAAGCAAAAUUAUCAUGGAAUGGUACUGUAGAAUGGGCACCGCCAGCUAUUUAUAAAAGUAUGUGUCAAAUUGAUGUGGAAUUCUUUCCAUUUGAUCGACAACAAUGUGAAAUGAAAUUUGGAUCGUGGACUUAUGGUGGAUUAGAAGUUGAUCUACAACAUCGAGAUAAACAUAUGCAAAAAGAAGAAGAUGAAAUUGUUGAAGGAGUUGGUGGACCAACAAAUGAAACUGUUUGGAUUGUUGAUCAAGGUAUUGAUUUAUCUGAUUAUUAUCCAAGUGUUGAAUGGGAUAUCUUAGCAGUUCCUGGAAAAAGACAUGAAAAACGGUGAGUGUUUUUAUGGAUUCGGAAUGUAAGGAUUUCUCCUGAAUACCCAUAGAGGAUUUCUGACGAUAAUUUUUUCCUGAUUCAGGUUUCUCAUAAAAAAAUCUCUUGGGAAUUUCACUAUUUGAAAGGAACUUUACCUAACUUUUGGAAUAAAAAAUAUAAUUCUCAAAAAUGUUUUUAUACAGAUAUCCAUGCUGUGAAAGUCCAUUCAUCGAUAUCACAUAUGAAAUUCAUCUUCGAAGAAAAACAUUAUUCUACACAGUAAAUCUAAUAUUUCCAUCUGUAGGAAUCAGUUUUCUAACAGCAUUGGUAUUUUAUCUUCCAUCGGAUGGUGGAGAAAAAAUCUCACUUUGUAUUUCGAUUUUGAUUUCGCUGACAGUUUUCUUUUUACUUUUAGUCGAAAUUAUUCCAUCAACAUCUUUAGUUAUUCCAUUAAUAGGUAAAUAUCUAUUAUUCACAAUGGUUUUGGUCACAUUAUCUGUUGUUGUGACUGUUGUUACUUUGGUAAGUCAACUUUUUUUGUCAAGGAAUUUUUUUUUCGAAAAAUAAAUAAUAUUGUAGAAUGUGCAUUAUCGAUCUCCAACUACACAUACAAUGCCUAAAUGGAUGAAACGAUUAUUUGUGGAUUUUCUACCAAAAUAUCUUCUAAUGACAAGGCCACAGCCUCCAGGACAUCAUAGCAAGGUAAGCAAAAACUUUUUUUUGAAAUUAAACCUUCACGACAUACUAUAUUUUUCAAAAAAAAAAAAUUCUGAAAAACUCCAGAAGUUUUUUUUUUCGAACAAUUCUAGAUUGUUUCUGUUAUAAUAUUAUUCUACAGAUUCAUUCAUUCCAAAAAAACUAUUUAGUUGAAGAGCUCUGUAUAGAGUUUAUUUCAUGUUAAAAUCCAAAACUACAGUAACCUGUGGCAACACAAAAUAUAUCCAACACAAAACGUUUCACAACAUUUAUUCGAUUUUCACUUAUCAUUUAUCACGAGGGGGUAUAGCUCAGGGGUAGAGCGCUCGCUUUGCAUGCGAGAAGUCUGGGGUUCGAUUCCCCAUACCUCCAAUAAUUCUUUUUUUGAUUUUCAGCCAAAUCGAAGGUUUGAUCAACGUCCUUCGACAUUCAGUAUAAGCGGAAAUCAUAUUCAACCGUCUGAUUUAUUAUCUCCUGGCGGUUACGGAAACCACAAGGAGGAAUCAUCGUUCAUGUUACAUAGGUUGGUCAUUUUCAAAAAUUUAUGGAAUAAUUUUUUGGAAAGAUCACAAAUCUUUUUUUUUAAUUUCAAUUCGAUGUAGUUUUGAUAUAUUUUUCUCGAGGUCACCUAAGUCUUUUUGGCAUAAUUCAAAAUUUGGAAUUUCGACUUUUCAGUUCACAUUUUUUUCUUGGAAUUUAAAAUUUGAAGUUUCAAAAUUUCCGAAAAAUAAUUCCAACCGUUAUCAUUUUUGCAGAGAAAAUUCUCCUGUUCGAACGGCUGUAGAAAGUGUAGCUUAUAUUGCAGAUCAUUUGAAAAACGAGGAAGAUGAUAAACAGGUAAAUUUUCAAAAAAAAAAUUAUAUUUGCAUAAUUAGUUAAUUGAUUUAAUUAAUCAGGUAAUCGAAGAUUGGAAAUAUAUAUCAGUUGUUAUGGAUAGAAUAUUUCUAAUAACAUUUACAUUUGCGUGCGCAUUUGGUACUGUAGUUAUCAUUGCUCGAGCACCAUCAAUAUAUGACAACACACUACCUUUAGCAUGA